CCCUAGGCAGGGCACUUGCGGGAGGAAGUGGUGGUGUCCUCGCGGUGCUUGUAGAUCUUUCUGCGUGGAGUCAUGGGAGGCUUGGAGAAGAAGAAGUAUGAACGAGGCUCUGCUACCAACUACAUCACCCGAAACAAAGCCCGGAAGAAGCUGCAGCUGAGCCUGGCCGACUUCAGGCGGCUGUGCAUCCUGAAGGGCAUUUAUCCCCAUGAACCCAAACACAAGAAGAAGGUCAACAAGGGCUCCACGGCAGCCCGAACCUUUUACCUUAUCAAAGACAUCAAGUUCCUCCUCCAUGAACCCAUUGUCAACAAGUUCCGGGAGUACAAGGUGUUCGUCCGGAAGCUGCGGAAGGCCUAUGGGAAGAGUGAGUGGAACACGGUGGAGCGGCUGAAGGACAACAAGCCCAACUACAAGCUCGACCACAUCGUCAAGGAGCGGUACCCCACGUUCAUAGAUGCCCUGAGGGACCUGGACGACGCCCUCUCCAUGUGCUUCCUCUUCUCCACCUUCCCACGGACCGGCAAGUGCCACGUGCACACCAUCCAGCUGUGCCACCGGCUGGCCGUGGAGUUCAUGCACUACGUCAUCGCCGCCCGUGCCCUGCGCAAGGUCUUCCUGUCCAUCAAAGGCAUUUACUACCAGGCCGAGGUGCUGGGCCAGCCCAUCGUGUGGAUCACACCCUACACCUUCUCCCACGACCACCCAACAGACGUGGACUACAGGGUCAUGGCCACCUUCACCGAGUUCUACACUACCCUGCUGGGGUUCGUCAACUUCCGCCUCUACCAGUCACUUAACCUGCACUACCCUCCCAAGCUCGAGGGUCAGGCCCAUGCAGAAGCGAAGGCCAGCGAGGACACCUACGCUUUGGACUCCGAGAGCUCUAUGGAGAAACUAGCCUCUCUCAGUGCCAGUCUGGCCCGUGUGGUGGUGCCUGCGGAGGAGGAGGAAGCCGAGGUGGAUGAGUUUCCUGCUGACGGGGAGAUGGUGGUGCAGGAGGACUGCAGGAAGGAGCUGGAGGCGCAGGAAAAGCACAAGAAGCUCUUCGAGGGCCUGAAGUUCUUCCUGAACCGUGAGGUGCCCCGGGAGGCCCUGGCCUUUGUCAUCAGGAGUUUUGGGGGGAGCGUGUCCUGGGACAAAUCUCUGUACAUUGGGGCCACGUACGACGUCACAGACUCUGGCAUCACCCACCAGAUUGUCGACCGGCCUGGGCAACAGACCCCCGUCAUUGGCAGGUACUAUGUGCAGCCCCAGUGGGUGUUUGACUCCGUGAACGCCCGGCUCCUCCUCCCUGUGGCAGACUACUUCCCUGGGGUGCAGCUGCCUCCACACCUCUCGCCCUUCGUGUCAGAGAAGGAAGGCGAUUACGUGCCCCCUGAGAAGCUGAAGUUGCUGGCCCUGCAGCGGGGGGAGCACCCAGGAAAUUUGAAUGAACCUGAAGAGGAGGAGGAGGAGGAAGAUGAAGGUGAUGGUGAUGAAGAGGGAGGAAAAGAAGAGGAGGAAGAAGACAAGGAGGCUGGUUCGGAAAGGGAGGAAGAGGCCCGACUGACGGCCCCGGAGGAGCCGAGGAUGGAGGGGAAGAAGCCCAGGGUGAUGGCGGGCACAGUGAAGCUGGAGGAUAAGCAGCGGCUGGCCCAGGAGGAGGACAGUGAGGCCAAGCGCCUGGCCAUCAUGAUGAUGAAGAAGCGGGAGAAGUACCUUUACAACAAGAUCAUGUUUGGCAAGAGGCGCAAAAUCCGCGAGGCUAACAAACUGGUGGAGAAGCGGAAAGCCCACGAUGAGGCUGUAAGGUCUGAGAAGAAGGCCAAGAAGGCAAGGCCGGAGUGAGUGGCGGCAGCCUCGCCAUGGGUGAGGCCAGCUCCCGGAGGCUGGACUUGGCAUAGGGACCCAGAGGGCCUGGGCUUGGUGACAGACCGGGGUCUUUUCUGUUUUCAUCCUUCUCCCUCUGCUGGCCCUGGCCUCCUCUUACGAUCUCUGACUGGGCCCGUGGACAGCCCCAGCCUCGCUCGGAUGGAGCUCCCUGCUGGUGGCUGGGCAGAGGAGAGGCCUCUGUGUCUGGCCCGACGCGAUGCUCCCGGGGUCAAGCGACACAGGGGAUGGGACCCGACCAGCCCUUCACUGACUGUUCCCAUUCACCCUGGCUUUCUGCAUCCCCUCCCGCACAAGUACGGUUGGACCCACGAUUUUCCCAGUGCUCUGUUGGGGGGUAGGGUGGGGAAGCAUUUGUUAUUAAAUGGCUGGAGUUCUGCAGCCAGUUGAA